GGCUUUGAGGGAGGGCAAGGGAGGAGGGGCCGUGGUGAGCUGGUGGGCUUCCUCUGCCUCACAGAGACACAUUUUAUUGACUUGCUAAUUGGAUGAGGCGCUCGGAGGAGAGGAUGCGGUGACCGAGAGGAGCGUUCUCCAGAGGAGCGACACAGACACAAGGAAGCAUUGCAUACAUUUUUAAAAAAUUUCUUCCAUUUUGGGGGUACACCACAAUAGAUGGGUUUUCCCACCCGAAGCCGUCAAGCUGUGAAUACCUGCUUUUAUGCAUGACAUUGUCAAAUGGAGGCUCCAGCUGCAAGACGCAUCGUGACAAGUGAAUGAUUUCCAUUUUUUCUCCGGCAGCCUCCCUUUCCUCUAUUUUUAUUUCCUUUUGUGGACCGAUCAGCUUUUCAGCAUCAGCUCCGACUGAUAUCCUGUUUGAUACCAAUUGAUCGCCAAAGGAAUCCUUUAUAUUUACGCGAGGACCUGUGUAAUUGAUGGAUGACAGAAUGACGUUGACUGAGGUUUGCAUGCGUGGCCUGCUCGGAGAGAAGGUGGCACUGUGCUGAGCUGUUCUCUCCCAAUGAGCCAAGCAGACAACCCACAGAGGCGCACCACCUACCUCAUCUCCCUCACUUUGGUGAAGGUUGAGGCUUUGCCAGAGGAUGUAGCCGGGAACCAAGAGGAGAAGGAGGGGGAAGGGAGCCUAAAGGAGGAGGUGAGUGGUGCCCCCCAAGAUGAGGAACCAUGUGUUGGCUCACAAGUGUCAGAUAAAGCGAGCACACGCGAGGAAGAAGCGGAGCAGGUGCACACCAAGUAUGGCAGCCCAAACGAGAAGUGGGGGAAAGCUGAGAAGGGAGAACCGAAAGACAUUGUCCCAUUUGCAAAGAGCAAGGACACUUCUAUUGUCCACCCCCAGUUGAGGCAAAUGGUGAAGGUGUACAGCGGGAGCAACUUUGAGAGCACCGUCCGGCGAGACGGGCCCCGCAAUGAUGCCUCGCGUCCCAAGACGGAACUCUAUCGGGAGCCUCCGAGGCUGUUCCUAAAGGGCGAAAAUGGAGCAGAGCUCAACAACCGCUCGAGGUGCAGCCUCCCUUUUUCAGUCAGUCAGCGCCCCGAAGUCCUAAUGAGGUCGCAGACGGGGACCAGCUCGGGAGGCUGGAGGGACGCCAGAGAAGCCAACACCAACUUGUAUCACUCAGCUAAGACUCUGGAGAGGAGGGAUAACCGAAUCGGGGAUCAGUCCCCCCUAAUGCCAGCUGCAACUCUGGGGCCUUACCGUGCGUCUUGGGCGGACAGCGACGGCCGAGGCACGCUUAUCCGUCCCGCCGCUCCCCUGAGCGGAGGUUAUUCCGGAAUCAUGAGCAGGGAGAACCAUCACGAGGACAGAUUUAAGGUUUCCUUGGUUACGCCGGUUACCUGUGAUGUGAGCAGGCCUCAAAGAAAAGCCACCAGUCGCACCCUAGAUAACAGCGACCUACAUUGCCUCUCUGAGGACGCCAGGAGAGGAAAAGAGGGCCAAGGAGGAACAAUCCAGAGAGCUCCCGCCCGUGACCGCAAGAUGCUCAAGUUCAUUAGUGGGAUUUUCUCCAAAAGUGCAGCUGUCCCCCCAAAUGUCAGCACCACAUCCGCUCUGUAUCCCGCUGUGGAGAGGGGCUCCAGUGAGGAGGAGGCUCCAUGCACCAGCAGUCAGGAAUGGACCAUCACUCAAACUGUACAAGAACUUCACUUGGCUGUUUUGGGAGGGCUGUGCAGUGGAAAGUCUGCGCUGGUCCACAGACACUUGACAGGAAGUUACCUGUCGCUGGAGAAUGCUGAGGGGCGUCAAUACAUUAAGGAUGUUCUGAUUGAUGGACAGAGCCACUUGUUGAUCAUCAGAGAAGAGACUGAGCUCCCAGGAGCCCAGUUCGCAAGCUGGCUGGAUGCUGUUAUACUUGUGUUUAGCUUGGAAAAUGAGGCCAGUUUCCAGGAAGUGUACAAGAUAUACCACCAGCUCGCUGCUCACCGGCCCGUCAUGGAGGUACCUUUCGUCGUGGUGGGCACGCAAGAUAAGAUCAGCAGCAGCAACCCCAGAGUCAUCGACGACGCCCGGGCCAGGCAGCUUUGCUCAGAUGUGCGUCGUUGCACCUACUACGAAACAUGCGCCACUUACGGUCUCAAUGUCAACAGGGUCUUUACUGAUGCUGCUCAGAAGAUCAUGGCUGCCAAGAAGCAAGCUGCUUUGCUGGCUUCCUGCAAAUCUCUUCCCAACUCUCCCAGUCACUCUGGUGGCUCCACUCCAGUGUCUGGUGUUUUUCCAGGACAGGCUAGUAAUGGGGGUCAAAGUAGCGAUUACUCCUCGUCGCUUCCGUCCACCCCUGUGAUUAGCCAUAAAGAGAUUGGCAGGUCGGCAAGAGGGGAGAAGCAAGACAGUGGCACUCCUGGCUCAGUCCGCAGUGCCACCCGCAGACGCACUGCACGCUUUUCGGCUCGACGAGGCAGUGACUCAGCCAGACGAAGUGCAGACUGCAAAGGGGAUGUGGGAAGCGGGCGCUUCAUUCCCAUCAAACAGGGAUUCUUGCUCAAGCGCAGCGGGAACUCGCUCAACAAAGAAUGGAAGAAGAAAUAUGUUACCCUCUCCAGUGAUGGCAUACUGUCAUAUCACGCCAACGUCAAUGACUACAUGCUGAAUACCCCCGGGAAAGAAAUGGACCUGCUGCGAGUGACAGUAAAAGUGCCUGGAAAACGGCCCCCUCGUGCUGUACCCACUGGCGCCCCCCCAGUCGGGCUUAAUGGCAGGGUAAAAGACGUGCAAGGACCAGAGGGUGUCAACCUGGUUCCUGUCAGUGCCAGUGGGAUCCUGCAAGUGGAUGACAUGGAGGGCCUGGGAGGCCCUCUUUUCCUGAGGAGUAGCAGAGGCGUGCAAAGAUGUUCCUCCAACGUUUCCAACCACGCUCAAAGCGUCGACUCUGCCGUUGAGGGCGUAUCCAGCUCUUCGUCCACCAAGGACGUAGGCUCCACGUCUCCAGUGGAGGACAGGAAGAAACAUCGCAGGAAGAAGAGCACGAACCAGAAAGGGGAUGCCGCUAUUGGCCAAGCAGACGCCAAGCGCAAAAUGUGGAAACUUAAAAGCUUUGGUAGCUUAAGGAACGUGAGCAAAACAGAUGAAGAAAACAACGAUUUCCUCAUUGUGUCGAGCUCUGGCCAGACGUGGCAUUUUGAGGCCCAGAGUGUUGAAGAGAGGGAUUCAUGGGUGCAAGCCAUUGAGAGCCAGAUCCUGGCCAGCCUGCAGCUGUGUGAGAGCAGUAAGAAUAAGGCUCGCAAGAACAGCCACAGCGAGGCCGUGGCUCUGCAGGCUAUUCGCAACGCAAAAGGCAACAACUUCUGUGUCGACUGCGAUGCUCCCAAUCCUACGUGGGCCAGUUUGAACCUCGGUGCCCUCAUUUGCAUCGAGUGUUCGGGGAUUCACCGUAACCUGGGGACCCACGUUUCGCGCGUUCGCUCCCUGGAUCUGGACGACCUGCCACGAGAACUCACUCUGGUUCUUAGCGCCAUUGGCAACCACAUGGUGAAUUGCAUAUGGGAGGCACGUACCAUGGGCCAUCGUAAACCGCCACCUGAUGCUAGCCGAGAAGAACGAGAGUCAUGGAUUCGGGCGAAAUAUGAGCAAAAACUCUUUGUGGCACCUUUGCCUCCUCCCAGUCCCAAUGAGGGUCCUGAUAUCACACUGUCCGGCCGUCUUCUACUGGCCGCCAUGGAGCACAACCUCCCCAAACUGCUGCUCCUCCUUGCCCACUGCACUAAGGAGGACAUAAACGGCCCCCCCAGUGUGGCGCUCUCCUCCCGAUCCCUCAUGGCACUGCGACUGCCCGGCUCAGCUCUUCAUGCUGCCUGUCAGCAGGCUGAUGUGGUGAUGACACAGCUUCUUGUUUGGUAUGGAUGCGACGUUCGGUACAGGGAUGCUCAGGGGCAAACAGCGCUGACCCUCGCUCGCAUGGCGGGCAGCCAGGAGUGCAGCGACAUCCUGCUGCAGUACGGAUGUCCCAAUGAACCUGCCCCUUCCGUCGCCACAACUGCCGGAUUCGCAUCCGCGGCCAACCCGGGCUUUCCUGUCACCAUGACGCCAAACCUGACAGUCGCGACGACCCUCAAGAUCUCGCACAGGAGUGGCGGAACAAGCUUCAGCUACAGCACGUCGAGAAAAGCCGUGUCAUAAAACUGGGUUAAUUUUUUUUUUUUAAGGAUGAUUGUCAGAUUGUGGCCUGCCUGGGUUUGUGGCCAGAUGUUGCACUAGUGCCAUAAACUCUAUUGGGAAAACGUUUGCAUGUGUGUCUAAGACUGAGAGCGACAGAGUGGGAAAAAACAAAGAAAACACAAAACUGGCACAUGCAACAAAAGAGAGAUUGACUUGUUUUUGUUGAGGGUGGAACAAAAUCUCAAGUCGAAAAUGUAGAGAACUGCAAUAAGCUAAUUGGUCUGUACGUAUCUGUUUGAAAUGCCAUCGCUUUAUUGGAUAUUUCCAAGAGAGACUUUAUAUAUGGUGUUGCAUUCAAUGCAGCCAAGCAGACAGUUCAAUUUAAAGUUGUGCAACAAAGGCUGCUUUCGUUUUAAAGAAAUCUAGAUAUACCGUGAUAUUCUACAGUAAUUAUAUACAGUAAAUCUAAUACACACACAAAUCAGAACACUUUAAAUUCCAGCGUUAUUAUUAUACUUUUUGUACAGGUGGUUCUGUGUACAAAAGUGGCUGAAGAAAAGAUUUACACUUUCUUGCUUUGGUGUUCCUUUGAUAAUUAACUCUUCAAAGCUCAAGACUAAGAUUUAUAUGUAAUGUUUGUAUCACUGUGCGCGACAUAAACACUUUACAUGAUUUGUGCAUUUUAGAUAUCUUGAAAGUGAAUGAUUCUAAGAUGCAGACCACUGUGGUGAGCCGCGAUUGAGCGAAGGAAAUGCCUUCAUUUCAACUUGAAUGUAUUAAAAAGUGUCAUGUCGUCAGAAAGAAAUGCAGCUUAUACAGUUGUCAACUCUUGCUGUGACUAAUAGAGACUAAAAGCAUUGUUUAAUAGGUUGUUUUCAAAUGUACGUAUAGUAUAAAUAAGUGAGCACUGGAAUGAAUGUUUGUAAGUGACUGGUAAUCUGUGAAGAUAAGAGGAAUGUUGCCCACAUGGAGAUUUAAAGAGUAGCAUAAAAACAAGUCAUCCAUCCGUACUCGAUGUAAUUUUGUGUUCAUCUAAUGACUGUUGCUAAGUAUACAUGUUCGUGCUGUAAAGAGUCUAUUCAUUUGUAUUUUUUUAUUCAUGCGAUGAUUCAUAAAGCAUUCAUUAUCUUUAUGCGAUAUUCUUCCAGCUGUUUUCAUUGAGUCCAAAAGCAAGCGACAAUGGGUAACCAGUGUUCUUUUUGGCAGCCAUUUUCAUUUUCGUCUUUUGGAGGAAAAUACUUACUCGUCUUAGUCAUAUUUUAGUCAUUUCAAAAUGUGUUCGUCUUCGUCAGUGUUAGUUAGCAACGCGUUACUGUAAUCUGAUUACUUUUUUCAGUAACGAGUAAUCUAACGCGUUCAUUUUUCCACACCAGUAAUCUGAUUAAAGUUAGUUUCCUUAGUG